AUGUAUUGGAAAGGUCCAGGUCCUGCCCUGGGAGCCAACCAGUGCGAACUGAGGGGCUGCCCUCAGGACAAGCCGGGAUACAUCAAUAUGCAUGUACUCAGCCACAGUCAUAUGGAUGUCGGCUGGUUACAGACGGUGGACGAAAUAUACAGGACUGUGGUGAGGAGCAUCUACAAUUCCACGAUCAGAGGACUGGCGCAGAACGUCCAGCGGCGCUUCGUGGCAGCGGAGAGCGCUUACUUCUCCCGCUGGUGGAAUGAGCAGUCGGACGAAGUCAAGCAAAUGGUGCGACACAUGGUCAACUCAGGCCAGCUCCAGUUCGUGGGUGGCGGCUGGGUGCAGAACGACGAGGCGGUCACCCAUUACACGGCCAUCAUAGACCAGAUGACGCUGGGCCUGCGAUUCCUGAAUGACACCUUCGGACCGCAGUGCGGUGUGCCCAGCGUCGCCUGGCAGGCUGACCCGUUCGGACACUCAGUCUCGCAGGCCUCCCUCUUCGCCAGGAUGGGUUUCGGCAGCCUCAUGAUCGGCCGGAUAUCGCUUGAACUCAAGGAGAACUGGACUCUCUCUCGCUCCCUGGAGUUCGUCUGGCAGGCUGAUCCCCCGCGACAAGGAAAGUCUAUAAGCUCGCACAAGAACAUAUACACGACGCAUCCGCCUCUCAGUCUUCUACGCAACGCAAUCCAACGCAACCCAGACAAGCCAAGCCCAGCUCCGCCCAUUUCAACCUAA